AUGGCGGAGGAGAUCAAGAAUCUGCGUGAUGAAUACGUGUACAAGGCGAAGCUUGCGGAGCAGGCGGAGCGCUAUGACGAGAUGGCCGAGGCCAUGAAGAACUUGGUGGAGAAGUGCCUCGACGAGCAGCAGCCCAAGGACGAACUGUCCGUUGAGGAGCGCAACCUCCUCUCGGUUGCUUACAAGAACGCCGUGGGCGCCCGCCGCGCCAGCUGGCGCAUUAUCUCCUCCGUGGAGCAGAAGGAGCUGAGCAAGCAGCACAUGCAGAACAAGGCUCUGGCUGCGGAGUACAGGCAGAAGGUUGAGGAAGAGCUCAACAAGAUCUGCCAUGACAUCCUUCAGCUUCUCUCCGACAAGCUCAUUCCGAAGACUUCGGACAGUGAGAGUAAGGUGUUCUACUACAAGAUGAAGGGUGACUACUACCGUUACAUCUCCGAGUUCAGCGGUGAAGAAGGCAAGAAGCAGGCCGCUGAUCAGGCUCAGGAGUCUUACCAGAAGGCCACCGAAAUCGCGGAGGCUGAGCUUCCCUCGACCCACCCCAUCCGUCUCGGUCUUGCUCUCAACUAUUCCGUUUUCUUCUACGAGAUCCUCAAUCUGCCGCAGCAGGCCUGCGAGAUGGCGAAGAGAGCCUUCGAUGAUGCGAUCACCGAAUUCGAUAACGUCAGUGAGGAUUCUUACAAGGACAGCACUCUCAUCAUGCAGCUCCUGCGUGACAACCUUACGCUCUGGACCUCCGACCUGCAGGCAGACCAGCAGCAGCAGGAAGGUGGCGAGAAGCCGGCGGAGCAGGCUGACCAAUAA